GACACGCUGAUUUCAUUGUCUGAGGAGGCUGUAAGACCCAGGAAAAAUCUUGCUGAAUCUGCCUGCCCAGGCACUGGCCUGAUUGGGGAUCCUCCGAUCCUUCCAGUGACCGCACCACGCUGCGAGAUGAAUCUGCGUUCUGUAUUUACUGUAGAACAACAAAGGAUUUUACAGCGUUAUUACGAAAAUGGAAUGACAAAUCAAAGUAAAAAUUGCUUUCAGCUCAUAUUACAGUGUGCACAGGAGACUAAGCUGGACUUCAGUGUAGUCAGGACGUGGGUUGGCAAUAAGAGAAGAAAAAUGAGUAGUAAGAAUUCUGAAUCAGGAGCAACAACAGGAACUCUUCCCAGUACCUCUUUGACAGCUCCGGACAUUACAGUCAGAAAUGUAGUUAAUAUCACUCGACCGUCAAGCCAACAGUCUUCUUGGACAUCUGCCAAUAAUGAUGACAUUGUAACUGAUGCAUACAGUCCAGCAAGUUCAUCAAGUAGGCAAGGGACAACCAAACAUUCAGAUACACAAAUUACAGAAGCACAUAAAAUUCCUAUUCAGAAAACUGCCAGUAAAAAUGAUACUGAGUUUCAGUUGCACAUUCCUGUUCAAAGACAAGUAGCACACUGUAAAAAUGCUUCUCUGCUCUUAGGUGAAAAAACAAUUAUCUUGUCAAGACAGACAAGUGUGCUAAAUGCUGGAAAUUCAGUAUACAGUCACACAAAGAAAAACUAUGGAAGCGCUUCAAUGCAGGCCUCUGAGAUGAUGGUACCUCAAAAGCCAUCUAUGUGCCACCGACCUUGCAAAAUUGAACCAGUUGGAAUUCAGAGGUCAUAUAAGCCUGAACACAUGAGUUUAGCAUCACAAAACUUAUGUGGGCAAAAGCCACCUAUUAGAGACCCUUACUGUAGAACGCAAAACUUGGAAAUCCGUGAAGUAUUUUCAUUGGCUGUUAGUGAUUACCCCCAGAGAAUUCUGGGAGGAAAUGCCCCACAGAAGCCUAGUUCAGCAGAAGGAACUUGUCUGUCCAUUGCAAUGGAGACUGGAGAUGCUGAUGAUGAGUAUGCCAAAGAAGAAGAGUUGGCAUUGAUGGGAGCACAGAUACCAAGCUACUCAAGAUUUUAUGAAAGUGGCAGAUCCCUUGGAGCAGAGAACCAAAGUACAGUACUUCCUGGACCAGGAAGAAAUAUGCCAAAUUCACAAAUGGUGAAUAUUAGAGACUUGGCAGACAAUGUACUCUAUCAAAGCAGAGACUACCAUUUGACACCACGGACCUCAUUGCAUUCAGUAGCUACUACAAUGUACAGUAAUACAAAUCCAUCACGGAGUAAUUUUUCUUCACAUUUCGCAUCAUCAAACCAAUUGAAGUUAUCACAAAACCAAAACAAUUACCAGAUUUCAGGAAACCUUACUGUGCCUUGGAUUACAGGGUGUUCUAGAAAAAGAGCACUACAAGACCGCACUCAGUUCAGUGACCGAGACUUAGCCACCCUUAAGAAGUACUGGGACAAUGGCAUGACCAGCCUUGGUUCUGUGUGUAGAGAGAAAAUUGAAGCCGUUGCAACUGAAUUAAAUGUUGACUGUGAAAUAGUUCGGACUUGGAUUGGGAAUAGAAGAAGGAAAUAUCGUUUAAUGGGGAUUGAAGUUCCACCUCCAAGAGGAGGCCCUGCUGAUUUUUCUGAGCAGCCUGAGUCUGGUUCUUUGUCUGCACUCACAUCAGGAGAGGAAGCUGGUCCAGAAGUAGGGGAGGAUAAUGACAGAAAUGAUGAAGUAUCCAUCUGUUUGUCUGAAGGAAGCUCUCAAGAAGAGUCCAAUGAAGUUCCAAAUGGGGCAAGGGUUCAUAAGGAGGAGGACCACCACGCAGUAUCCGCAGAUAAUGUGAAAAUAGAAAUUAUUGAUGAUGAAGAAAGUGACAUGAUAAGUAAUUGUGAAGUUGAACAAGUGAAUUCUCUCUUGGAUUAUAAGAAUGAAGAAGUCAGAUUCAUUGAAAAUGAGCUAGAGAUUCAAAAGCAAAAAUACUUUAAACUUCAGACAUUUGUUAGAAGCUUGAUACUAGCUAUGAAAGCUGAUGAUAAGGAACAACAGAAGGCACUGCUGUCAGAUUUACCUCCUGAAUUAGAAGAGAUGGAUUUCAACCAUGCCUCGCCGGAGCCUGAUGAUACCUCAUUCAGUGUGUCUUCUUUAUCAGAGAAAAAUGCCUCAGACAGUUUGUAAUUUGAGGGGGCAUAUAUGACACAGCAUUUUGGCUAAGGGCCAAGCUAACGUUAGUCACAAGAAAACGAGAACUGCAGUGAUGCUGGAGAAUGGAAAAAUUAGCAUAUGCAAGGACAACCUCAAAAGAAAAUUGAUCUUUUCAUGAAAAAUGGGAAUGUUUUGUUGUAAGAUCAAGUAUCAACAUUGAGACUUCUAUGCUACCAUUGUAAUAAUAAUAAAAACAUUUAUCAUUGUUGGAGAAAAAAAUGCUGCAAACCACUCACAUCCUGUGCUCUGUAUACUACCAAAACUUCAAAAAUGUUGAAGAGGCCAUUUUUCCAAAGGCAGCAGCAUGUAUUUUAAGGCACUUUCAUAGUCCACCAUCUUUAAGUUUGUAGGAGAAAACAUAAGUAGUGAAUUUAAAAGAAUUUUAGGCUCUAAGUUAGACUUUGUUGCCUUCUGUUUUGGGGGAAGAGGGGAAAUUCCACUCAUUUCUUAGGAAUAGUUUCCUCAUCUUAGCCUGAUAACUUAUGGUCAUUUUUAAGAGAAAUUCUGAAAAUGUUCCCUUCACAUUGUAGUGAUGGUGUACCAGGAAUAUUAUCUAUUUAAAAAAUAUAUACUAGAUUUUCAUUCAGGUCCUAAAAAUGCCAAAUUCUGACUUAUUAGCCUUUUAAGGGAGCUAUCAGUACUAUAAUAUUUAAAAGAUGAGUACAUGGGUUUAUCUUUGAAAUUGGCAUUAUCCUUGGCAGACAACACUAUCAUACUCAUAAUAUCAAGCUAUGCUCUGCGAUAAUAUGAGGGAGAAGCCUACUAAUUUGUGAGACUGCAGUCAGCAUGCCAUUGCCAAAACCAAACCAUUAUUUAAGAGCAGAUUUGCUAAGAGGAAAAAGAUAAUAAAAUAUUUUCUUGAAAAUAAAUAUGAUUUUUCCAUUAAAGUUUAUACUUAGUAUAUAUUGCUCUGCAUUGGAAUUUUAUUUUGUAUUAACUUGUUAAGUAGUUCCUUUAAGCGAUCUUGCAUCCCAUUUUACUGAUACUACCUCUGAAAUAUACUACCACCUUGAAACCACAUCACUGUAAUGUGAUCUUUUGUAGGGUUUUUAUUUAAAGUUUUAUAGAGGCAAUAAAUGAUUUCUAACUAAUA